GUGCUGCUUGUCUUUGGUGGCUGGUGCGACGGCGAGGGUCCUAGGGCGGCCGCUCAGGUCUACAGUCCACGUACCAACACCUGGACCCUGUGGACUGAGAACGGAUGCCAGACGCAGGCACCGAUGCCCAACUGGUUGUUAUCGCAGACGACAGGACUGGAACAACAGCCGAAGGAGUUGGUCAGCCUGCCCAUCUCUUCUGAGGCCAUCUUGUCGCCCAGUUCUCCCUCUUCGCCGUCGCAGAUGGCAGGACCGCUACCGUCGCAAGUUGGCACGACGGAUCAGAGCCAGCCGGGCCUGGAGCCGAUGGGAUCAGCGAAUGCUGAAAUAGCACCGCCCAUUCGGUCAAGUCUACAAAUGGCCCUCACGAGUGUCAGGGAUCUGGUGCCAUUGACCAAUUAUUCUCCCGGCCGCCUGGAACCGACCGUCAGCCCGGGCCACAGGAUCGCUGCAGAGGCGAGCAUGGCGUCGGUCAUGCGGGUGAAUAGAGGAACGGCAGAUGCUGGAUCACCGCACAUGAUUGGUGAAAUUCCGAAGCGUGUGUAUGCCGGCUGUGUGCUUGUGGAGUCGAGGGUCUACCUGAUCGGUGGAUUCGACGGAACAAACGCACUCAAGUCUACACUUUGCUUCGACUUCGACACUGACUCUGGGUGGUAG